CAGCGCUCUCCCGCGGAGCCGCGCCUGCCAGCAAACGAGACCACAGACAGGACCAUGAUCGCGAGCCGCACCGCCGCCCUGACCGGCGCGGCCGCCUGCGGCAACGACUCCGUGGUCCGCGACAUCCUGCGGCCCCAGCGCGAGGGGCAGGUCCGCGAGCGCACCGACGGCGUCGGCGUGGACUCGCGCGAGCCGACGAGCGGCCGCACGGCGCUGCAUUUUGCUAUUUUAAACGAUCGUUUGACGACGGUGGACCUCUUACUGUCUCUGGGCGCCGACCCGACGAUCGCCGACGGUUCCGGAAGGAGGGCCUGCCACAUGUGCGUCGUGCCGAAGCGGCACCAAAUCUUAGACCUCAUCCUGGCGACGGCCGCGGCGCGGGGCGAGGUCGACGUCGUGCUCGGGGCGCGCGACGCCCUCGCGCGGUGUCCCCACCACCUGGCGGCCGCCAAGGGCGACAAGGCGGCCGUCGCGACGAUCCUCGACGCGAAGCCGGACCUGCUGAACAUGGGAGAUUGCACGGGCCGCACGGCCCUCUGGCUCGCGUGCGCGCGGGCCUGCGAGACGUCGGGCCCGGCGCGCGAGGCCUUCGUGGCGACGAUGGAUCUGUUGAUGCGGCGCGGCGCGGACCCGAACGUGCGCGACGCCGAGCGGGGCGAGACGCUGCUGGGCUGGCUCGCGCGGACCGGCGAGGCGGCGACGGUCCGGCGCGUGCUCCGGGACUUCGACGGCGCGUGGGGCCCGCGCGUCGAGCUCGACGUCCUCGACACCUACUUGGAACGGUCUCCCUUGGACUGGGUCGCCCUGCGCGCGGAGCCGGCGGCCGGUGCGUUUUCCGGCGUCUUUGUCUUCGACCCCACCAGAACGCCAUCGCCGCGACAACAACAACUCACCGCUCGACAAAACGCAGGCGAGGAGGGCCGGCCGCCCUACGACCCGGCGUGCUGCCUCGCGUUGGUCGACGGCGGGGCGCGCGUGGGCGAGCGGCACGAGGCCUUGAUCGCGCGGGCCCGGACCGAGGACCUGCCGCCCAUCCCGGAUUUUGAGAGGGAGAAGAGUCUGCACGUGCUGCACACGCGGCUGCGGCAGGUGGCCCACUCUAGAUUGGACGUGCACGACGACGACGAGAACGAGGACGCUGCCGUCGAGCGCCUCGAGGCGAGCCUGGACGCGUACAACACGGCCGACGGCGAGGACGCGCCGCUGUCGCUCGUCGACUUCCACGCGGCGCUGCGCGGCGCGUUGCGGGUGAAGCCGUCGCUGGCGAACGACCACGACGUGAGCCAGGUCUGGGCGCGCCUCAACAAGCACGGCCAGACGGCGUCGGCGCGGACGUUCCUGAAGUGGGUCGGCCUCGCCAAGAAGCACGCGAAGAAAGUGGAGGACUCCAAGAGGGCUUCGAAAAUGAUGACGAUGAUUGGUAGCGCCUCGGCCUUCUCGUCGGGCGCGGGCGGGAAAUCGUUGCUCAUGAGAAUUGCCGAGGCCGAGGGUCGUGAGACCGUCACGCGGGUCCUGAAGACCGACGACUUUGAUGUCCAGGAAACGAUCAAGGAGAUGGCGUGGACGUCCGGCGCGUGGCGUGAAACCGAGGAGGAGAUGUACCACACGUUCCUGGCGACGCGUAACACGUCGUCGGCGAAGGGGAAGAGGAAGGGGACGCGGAGGUAGUCGUCGUUUGGGCGGGUAAGUAUCUCACGUUCGCGGCACG